AGCAAGUGCUCAAUGCUCAUAUAGCCAGCGGGCCUGCUGCUCGAGCGGAUGCGCUCCUGCUCUGCUCCCCGACUGAUCUCUCUUCCUGCCACACGCAUCCUCGUCGUCCCUCACUUCUACAUCCUCCCAUAGAGCAGCGAGCUUCUUUGCUAUUGCUGCCACCGCCGCACUCGUCGAGUCGGUGUAUAGACGACGCAGACCACUGCACGAAUUCGGCCCAAUUCACUUUCGGGCAAGCCUCGUUCUCGCUGCAGCUUUCGGCACUAGAACUCGCCUGGGGCCGAUUGACGUCGUCACAAAAGCAGGGACGAUUUCUCCAUCCGAACGGUUGAGCUAGACAGAACACUUCUCAAACACAAGAGCACCUCUCGCCCCUGCUCUUUCAUUGAUCUCGCCACUGGACGUUACCGCGUCAGCGUUUCGGGCUUCAGCAACUGCCAACUCCCCGGCGACAGGCGUUUCUUGGGGCACUCGGGCAUAGACUCUGCGGGAAAGCUCAGUUUGCCGCACUUUUCUCCAGCACCAAUAAUACAAUCCCCAGUCCCGACAACACACCUCGAGGGACGACUGCGAACAUGGCUGACGCAGUGGGCGGAGCCGCCAAGGUGAACGGCCACAGCAAUGGCUUUCCCAGCGCCUACGCCGCCAAAUACAACUUGGCUUCACAUUUUAUCGGCGGAAACGCACUGCCCACAGCACCGCCGAGCAAAGUCAAGGACUUUGUGGCAGCACACGACGGUCACACUGUCAUCACCAAUGUCCUGAUUGCGAACAACGGUAUUGCAGCUGUCAAGGAAAUUCGAUCUGUACGAAAAUGGGCAUACGAGACAUUCGGCGACGAGCGGGCCAUCCAGUUCACUGUGAUGGCCACGCCCGAGGAUUUGGCUGCCAAUGCCGACUACAUCAGAAUGGCGGACCAGUACGUGGAAGUGCCCGGUGGCACGAACAACAACAACUACGCCAACGUGGAGCUCAUUGUCGAUGUUGCCGAGCGUAUGAACGUACAAGCUGUGUGGGCAGGAUGGGGACACGCAUCCGAGAACCCAAAGCUCCCCGAGUCCCUCGCCGCGUCGCCGAAGAAGAUCGUAUUCAUCGGCCCUCCAGGAUCUGCCAUGCGCUCGCUCGGUGACAAAAUCUCCUCGACUAUAGUCGCACAACAUGCGGGAGUGCCUUGCAUUCCGUGGUCCGGUACGGGUGUUUCGGACGUCGAGGUGGAUGAUAACAACAUUGUCACCGUGAAAGAUGAUACCUACAUGAAGGGCUGCGUCACAUCAUGGCAAGAAGGUCUGGAGGCCGCGCGCAAGAUCGGCUUCCCCGUCAUGGUGAAGGCCUCGGAAGGAGGUGGUGGUAAGGGUAUCCGAAAGGUCGACGACGAGACCAACUUCGAAUCGCUAUACAAGGCCGCUGCCAGCGAGAUUCCCGGCUCACCCAUCUUCGUCAUGAAGUUGGCUGGCAACGCCAGACAUUUGGAGGUGCAACUGAUGGCUGAUCAGUAUGGCAACAACAUUUCAAUCUUCGGACGUGAUUGUUCCGUUCAGCGACGACACCAGAAGAUUAUCGAAGAGGCUCCUGUCACCAUUGCCAGCCAGAAGACCUUCCAGAAGAUGGCAGAUGCAGCUGUGUCGCUCGGUCGUCUCGUGGGAUACGUGUCUGCGGGUACAGUGGAAUACCUGUACUCGCAUGCGGACGACAAGUUCUACUUCCUGGAGCUGAACCCACGUCUCCAAGUCGAGCAUCCUACCACCGAGAUGGUUUCUGGAGUCAACAUUCCCGCCGCACAGCUCAUGAUCGCCAUGGGUAUCCCUCUUCACCGCAUCCGUGACAUUCGCUUGCUCUACGGUGCGGAUCCUCACACGCAGACACAGAUUGACUUCAACUUUGAGAAGGCCGACAGCGAGGGCAAGCAGAGACGACCACAGCCAAAGGGCCACUGCACAGCUUGCCGUAUCACAUCCGAAGAUCCUGGCGAGGGCUUCAAGCCAUCUUCCGGUACCAUGCACGAACUGAACUUCCGAUCCAGUUCAAACGUCUGGGGAUACUUCUCCGUCGGUGCCGCAUCCGCAAUUCACAACUUCUCCGAUUCGCAGUUCGGUCACAUCUUCGCUUAUGGCGAGAGCCGACAAGCGUCGCGAAAGCACAUGGUCGUGGCGUUGAAAGAGCUGAGUAUUCGUGGUGACUUCAGGACAACAGUCGAGUACCUCGUGAAGCUGCUGGAGACUCCAGCUUUCGAGGAGAACACCAUCACUACAGGGUGGCUCGACGAGCUCAUCAGCAAGAAGUUGACUGCCGAGCGACCUGAUCCUAUGGUUGCAGUCAUCUGUGGCUCUGUGACCAAGGCUCACAUUGCGAGUGAAGCUUGCCUCGACGAGUACAAGAAGGGUUUGGACAAGGGUCAGACGCCAAGCAAGGAGAUCUUGCGAACUGUUUUCCCCAUCGAAUUCAUCUACGAGGGAUCGAAGUACAAGUUCACCGCAACACGCUCGAGCAAGGACACCUACACUCUCUUUAUCAACGGCAGCAAGGUCUCUGUCGGCAUCCGAGCGCUGUCCGAUGGCGGUCUCCUCGUACUGCUGGGCGGUCGCUCGCACAACGUCUACUGGAAGGAGGAGGUCGGCGCUGUUCGCAUGUCUGUGGACGGCAAGACCUGCCUCCUCGAACAGGAGAAUGACCCGACACAGCUUAGAACGCCAUCCCCGGGAAAGCUCGUCAAGUACACAAUCGAGAAUGGAGAGCACAUCAAGAAGGGCCAAGCCUUUGCCGAAGUUGAGGUUAUGAAGAUGUACAUGCCACUCAUUGCACAGGAGGACGGUAUUGUCAAUCUCAUCAAGCAGCCGGGCGCCACCUUGGCAGCCGGUGAUAUCCUUGGUGUUCUCCAGCUUGACGACCCAACCAAGGUCAAGAGCGCGCAACCAUUCUUGGGUCAACUUCCAGAUGUCGGACCCCCAGUUGUGCUCGGGAACAAGCCACCGCAGCGAUACGUGUACUUGCGCCAGAUUGUCGAGUCCAUCCUGCAGGGCUUCGAUAACUCCGUGGUCAUGAAGUCGACGCUCAACGAGCUUAUCUCUGUUCUUCGCAACCCAGAGCUUCCAUAUGGCGAAUGGACUGCGCAGGCUUCUGCCCUGCACUCCCGCAUGCCACAAAAGCUGGACGCUGCUUUCGAGGACCUUGUCAAGCGUGCUCAUGCGCGUCAAUCGGAGUUCCCUGCGAAGCAGCUUAGCAAGACUCUCGAACGCUUCCUGGCUGAAAUGUCUGCUGGUGAUGCGGAGCUCCUCCGCGGCCAGGUUUCACCUUUGACGGACAUUCUCAAGAACUACACAGACGGUCUGAAGGUGCACGAGUUCCAGGUCAUCAGCGAGCUUCUCCAGCAGUACUACGAUAUCGAGAGCAUUUUCUCAGCUCGACAAAACCGCGAUGAGGAAGUCAUCCUUCAGCUCCGUGAUGCAAACAAGGACAAGACGGCCGACGUUGUCCUUACCGUGCUGUCACACACUCGAUACAACGCCAAGAACUCGCUGCUUAUUGAGCUUCUCCAGAGGUAUCGACCAAAUCAGCCAGGCGUCGGCAAUGUUGCCAAGUAUCUGCGUCCAGCGCUGCAGAAGCUUGCUGAGCUUGAGGGACGAGCCACUGCUAAGGUCGCACUAAAGGCUCGUGAGCUCUUGAUCCAGUGUGCCAUGCCAUCUCUCGAAGAGCGCACACAGCAGAUGGAGCACAUUCUACGUUCUGCCGUGCUCGAAUCUCGUUACGGCGAGAGCGGAUGGGACCACCGGGAGCCAAACUUCGAGGUCAUCAAGGAGGUUGUCGAUUCGAAGUACACUGUCUUUGAUGUGCUUCCGCAAUUCUUCGGCCACCAGGAUCCUUGGGUGUCGUUGGCAGCACUCGAAGUCUACACGCGACGUGCGUACCGUGCAUACCAGCUCAAGACGAUCGAUUACCUGUCUGAGGGCGAUGCGCCAUUUGUCCUGGCUUGGGACUUUGCUCUGAGGAAGGUCGGAGAGGCUGAGUUUGGUCUCCCAGUAGAGUCUUCGCACCCAUCCACUCCAGGCACACCCGCGGAAGGUUUCGGUCGCGUGCACUCCAUCAGUGACAUGAGCUACAUUGGCCGCCAAGCUGGUGGUGGCGGUGAGCCAAACCGUCGCGGUGCUGUCGUCCCGGUGUCGUUCAUUGACGAAGCCGACGAGGCACUGAUGAAGGCGCUCGAGGCAUUCCCAUUAGCAAAGGGAGCAAAGAGCAAGGCUGACCAGGGUGGGCUUAUGGCCGAUCUCUCCAAGAGACGAGCACCACAAGUCCCACCACCGGAGAAUCCCAACGAGGAGCUUACCGCAGUAUGCAACGUGGCCGUCCGUGAUGCGGAGAGUGUUGAUGACAAGGACAUCAUGUCUCGCCUCCUGCCUAUCGUCAAGGAGUACAAGGAGGAGCUUCUUGCUCGUCGUGUGCGCCGCCUGACAUUUAUCUGUGGUCACAAGGAUGGCACCUAUCCCGGCUACUACACUUUCCGUGGACCUACCUACGAGGAAGACAGCUCUAUUCGUCACAUCGAGCCUGCUCUUGCCUUCCAGCUUGAGUUAGGACGUCUUGCGAAGUUCAACAUCAAGCCGGUGUUCACUGAGAACCGCAACAUCCACAUGUACGAGGCCAUCGGCAAGGGCGUUGAGACUGACAAGCGGUACUUUACUAGAGCCACUGUCAGGCCUGGCCAAUUGCGUGAUGAGAUGCCAACUGCUGAGUACAUGAUCUCUGAAGCCGACCGCUUGAUGACCGAUAUUCUGGACGCUAUGGAGAUCGUGGGCAACAAUGGCUCAGACAUGAACCACAUCUUCAUCAACUUCUCUGCUGUCUUCCCGCUCGAUCCCAAGGAGGUCGAAGACGCACUUGGAAGCUUCCUUGAUCGCUUCGGCAGCCGUGCCUGGAGACUUCGUGUCACCGGUGCUGAGAUUCGCCUGGUCUGCACCAACCCACAGACCGGCGCACCAUACCCGAUGCGCGUCAACAUCACCAACACAUCUGGUUACAUUGUCCAAGUGGAACUCUACGAAGAGCGCAAGUCCGAGAAGACGAACGAGUGGCUCUUCCACUCCAUCGGCGGUACCACCAAGAUCGGUUCCAUGCACUUGCGUCCCGUCAGCACUCCUUACGAGACCAAGGGUGCUCUGCAGCCGAAGCGAUAUAAGGCUCACAUCAUGGGCACUCAGUACGUGUACGACUUCCCAGAGCUCUUCCGUCAAGCCAUCGAGAACUCCUGGAACGCCAUCUCCGCGCAGCACCCAUCUAUGCGUGACAAGCAGCCAGUGAAGGGCGAGUGCAUUGAGUAUAGUGAGCUCGUUAUGGACGACUCCGAUAAUCUUGCAGAGGUCAAUCGUGAGCCGGGCGCCAACAAUAUUGGAAUGGUUGGCUGGCUCAUCACUGCGAAGACUCCUGAGUACCCACGCGGGCGUCGCUUCAUCAUCAUUGCCAACGACAUUACGCACAAGAUCGGUUCUUUCGGUCCUCAAGAGGAUCGAUUCUUCCACAAGUGCUCCGAGCUGGCUCGCAAGCUCGGCAUUCCACGUCUGUACUUGUCUGCCAACUCUGGUGCUCGCAUUGGUAUGGCUGAAGAGCUCAUCCCACACUUCUCUGUUGCCUGGAAGGAUCCAAGCAAGCAAGAGGCCGGUUUCGACUACCUCUACUUGACUCCAGAGAAGAAGGCUCGCUUUGAGGACGGUGCUCUGAAGCACGUCAUCACCGAGCAGAUUACUGUUGGCAACGAGGUCCGACACAAGAUUACCACUAUCGUUGGUGCUGAGGAUGGCCUUGGUGUCGAGUGUCUGAAGGGCUCUGGUCUCAUUGCUGGUGAGACCGCGCGUGCAUACGAGGAUAUCUUCACCUGCACACUCGUCACCUGUCGAUCGGUUGGUAUUGGUGCCUACCUCGUCCGUCUCGGACAGCGUGCCAUUCAGAUCGAGGGCCAGCCGAUCAUCCUUACUGGUGCUCCUGCCAUUAACAAGCUCUUGGGUCGCGAAGUCUACACUUCUAACUUGCAGCUUGGUGGCACUCAGAUCAUGUACAAGAACGGUGUCUCGCACAUGACCGCCAGCGAUGACUUCGAAGGUGUCUCGAAGAUGGUCAAGUGGCUGUCCUUCGUGCCUGAGAAGAAGGGUGCUCCAGUGCCAAUCUCACCAUCGGCAGAUACCUGGGAUCGUGAGAUCACCUUCUACCCACCACAAAAGGCGCCAUACGACGUGCGCCACCUCAUCGCAGGACAAGACUCUGAUGAGGGCUUCAAGUCUGGUCUGUUCGACAAGGGCUCUUUCGAGGAGGCUCUUGGUGGCUGGGCUCGUACUGUCGUGGUCGGUCGCGCUCGUCUUGGUGGUAUUCCAAUUGGUGUCAUCGGUGUUGAGACUCGCUCAGUUGAGAACGUUUCUCCUGCCGAUCCAGCCAACCCAGACUCUAUUGAACAGAUCACCAACGAAGCUGGUGGUGUCUGGUACCCCAACAGUGCUUUCAAGACUGCUCAGGCCAUCCAGGACUUCAACAAUGGUGAGCAGCUGCCAUUGAUGAUCCUCGCCAACUGGCGUGGUUUCUCUGGUGGUCAGCGCGACAUGUACAACGAGGUCCUCAAGUACGGCUCGUACAUCGUUGACGCCCUGGUCAAGUACGAGCAGCCAGUCUUUGUCUACAUUCCACCAUUCGGCGAGCUUCGUGGUGGUUCGUGGGUCGUCGUCGACCCAACCAUCAACCCACAGAUGAUGGAAAUGUACGCUGAUGAAGAGGCUCGUGGUGGUGUGCUUGAGCCAGAAGGUAUCGUCGGCAUCAAGUACCGCAAGGAGCGUCAACUCGAGACCAUGGCUCGCCUGGACCCAGAGUACGCUCAGCUUAAGAGCCAGAUUGCGGACAAGAGCCUGUCUGCUGAACAGCAGAACGAGAUCCGCAAGAAGAUGACCGAGCGCGAGGAGAGACUCCUCCCAGUCUAUCUGCAGAUUUCUCUGCAAUAUGCCGACUUGCACGACCGUGCAGGCCGCAUGAAGGCCAAGGAUACUAUCCGCAUGCCACUCGUGUGGUCCGAGGCUCGCCGCUUCUUCUACUGGCGUCUGCGCCGCCGUUUGAACGAGGAGCACAUCCUCAAGCGCCUUGCGAGCGCGCAAGCUAAGGAGCUGUUCAACCGCGCCAACAGCCUCAAGACUCUCGAGUCUUGGUCCGGCGUGUCCAACUACAGCACCGACGACCAGGCUGUCGCAGUGUGGUUCGAGGAGAACCGCAAGACGGUCGCCGACAAGAUCGAGGCGCUGAAGGGCGAUGCCAUUGCUUACGACGUUGCAUCUCUGUUGCGAAGCCACAAGAAUGGCGGAUUGAAGGGUGUGGCGCAAGUGCUUGGCAUGCUGCCUGUUGAGGAGAAGGAGGAGGUCCUCAAAUGGCUUUCCAAGUCAUAGAGAGAAUAGGGAUGGAAACGAAUGAUGAUGAUCAGGACUCACGUGUUGGCACUUAGAUACCCUUCGCGUUUGAUGAUUGAGAGGCGUUUUUGUUGAGCAUGGUGGAUCUUAGCGAAGUUCGUUUGCGAUGGCUGUGAUAUAGAGAUAUUACAUUGUACAAGUUCGUUUCUUACCUUAAUGCUUGUGC